CAGCGUUCGGUCGAUUGGACUUCGUGGUUGUAGAGUUUGGGCAAUAAACGAAUUAAAAAUCACCGAAUUCGUUUGAAAACCCUCGCUAAACGUACUUUAAGUGCAUUAUUAACGAUCAAAAGUGAAAGUUGAGCUUUACUUGUCGAUAAAACAGCAUUUUUCGGGAAAAUAAAAAAUUGCAAAUGGUGACCACGACGGCGUUCCAAAAAUGAAACAUCACUAACUGUUAUACUUGAACAAACUGUUAUACUGUUUCACGCCGGCGGAAAACUGUUGGUACUAUGGCCGCACCAAUAUACGCCCCCAGCACUUCUGCGGCCCAGCCGCAACAGGUGGUAGAUUCGGUACAAAUGAAUCAUUUUCGAAGUUUUGUCAACAUGCUUGGAGAUCCGUCAGCAAAAGAUGAAAUAAAGCUGAAGGCCGCCCAGGAGCUAAGUGAACACUUUGAAUUGAUUACUCAAUGUAGUAGCUAUCAGAGUUUUUUGGACCAUUCUAUGAAAAUUUUUCUGCGAAUUCUUCAGGAAGGCGAGCCGCAUUUCAUUUCCGAGUUGAAUUUACAGCAAGUGCGAAAACUUAUCCUUGAAAUGAUUCAUCGUUUGCCCACAUCCGAUCUUAUACGACCUUACGUUAAAUCGAUUAUUGUACUCACUAUUAAACUACUACAAAGUGAUAACGAAGAAAAUGUAUUGGUGUGUUUGCGUAUUAUUAUCGACAUCCACAAGCAAUAUAGGCCAACAUUUCAUCCGGAAAUACAGGAUUUUUUAUCGUAUGUAAAAACAAUUUACUCGGAUUUGCCUAAGCAUUUGGCAACAAUGUUUGAGCCAAAACAACCAAUCCGGCUUAAAGAUUUAAAAGACAUCAACUUUGAUGUUUUGCUCCCGGAUACGUUCACUGUUACACCGAUUCAAGUGGAAAAGAAAACGAUUGAUGGAAAACUUACAACUGUAACGUAUAAUUUAAUUCCAAAGGGAAUAAACUCUUUGAAGGUGCUUCAGGAACUACCCAUAAUCGUCGUUCUUAUGUAUCAAAUCUACAAAACGAACGUGCAUCAAGAAGUGGUCGAUUUUGUUCCUCUCAUAAUGACCACUAUCACUCUACAACCUCCCCUUGCUCAUAGGAACUCACCGGCAUUCAAUAAGGAAAUUUACGUUGAUUUCAUGGGUGCACAGAUUAAAACACUAGCAUUCUCAGCGUACAUUAUAAGAUUGUUUCAAGAUGUGAUUUUGAAUCACGCUGCCACGAUGGUUAAAGGAAUGAUUAAUUUAUUGGAAAGCUGUCCAAAAGAAGUUGCACAUCUGCGAAAAGAGCUGCUGGUCGCUACUCGACAUAUAUUAGCAACAGAUUUCAGAAACCAUUUCGUUUCCUCUAUUGAUAAGUUGUUUGAAGAGGAUGUACUGUUGGGCAAAGGAUGGACUACACAUGAAUCUUUACGUCCGCUGGCAUAUUCAACACUAGCAGAUUUGGUUCAUCACGUUCGACAGCAUCUGCCGCUUACAGCGCUGUCGAAAGCGGUCUAUCUGUUUGCCAAAAAUGUUCACGAUGAAUCACUUCCAACUAGCAUUCAAACUAUGUCCUGCAAACUACUACUUAAUUUGGUAGAAUGCAUUCGUGUAAAAAGUGACGUUGAACCUGUUGCCAGUCGUGAGUUACUUAUCACCAUGCUGAAAGUUUUUACUCAAAAGUUUCACACGAUUUCAAAGUUGCAGCUUCCACAAAUAAUGCAGAAAUGGGGAACGACAGCUGCAAAUUCUACUCCAUCUUGUACAUCGGUUAAUACUAAUCCAGGCUCUACACCUCAACAGGGUUCACAGACACCAGCCACAACAGAAAAUUCUAUCGAGAAAAAUUUUUUGGCUGUAGAAAAUACUGAAAAUACAUUUAAACUUACGAGUAUUGGUUUCCCACAACCCAACAAUUUGAACGUAAUGGAAUAUCGUAGCUUAGUCAAAACACUUGUGUGUGGCGUGAAAACCAUUACCUGGGGUUGUCCAGCGGCUAAAGUCAAUAGUAACGAACAAACUCUACCGGCAUCGAAACUAUUCAAUCCCAGCGAAAUACUGAUUUUUAUAGACUUGUUCCAUUGGGCUCUAGAAGCUUUGGAUAUAUACACCAUCAACGUACCAGCCAUGGGCAUGCCUCAAACCUUGCCUCAACAAAAACAAGCUCUGCAAAUGCCACGUUCCAAGGAAGAAAAAGAAGUUCUUGAACACUUCAGCGGCGUUUUCCUAACAAUGGACUCUCAAAAUUUUCAGGAAAUAUUCGCUUCAACAAUCGACUUUAUGGUGGACAGAUUGUAUAAAAAUUCGGCUUUACAAGUUAUCGCAAACUCAUUCCUGGCCAACCCUAAAACAUCUCCACUGUUUGCAACGGUUUUGGUAGAGUAUUUGUUAGACCGUAUGGAAGAAAUGGGUUCCAAUAUUGAACGUUCAAACCUUUACUUACGGUUAUUCAAAUUGGUUUUUGGUAGUGUAAGUUUAUUCGCCGCUGAAAAUGAACAUAUGCUUAGGCCCCAUCUGCAUAAUAUCGUGAAUCGUUCCAUGGAACUUGCAAUGACAGCAAAAGAACCGUAUAAUUAUUUUCUAUUACUGCGCGCUUUAUUCCGUUCCAUCGGCGGGGGAUCACACGAUUUGCUAUACCAGGAAUUUUUACCGUUAUUACCAAAUCUUUUGGAGGGCUUAAACCGUCUACAAAGUGGUUUUCAUAAGCAACACAUGAAAGAUUUAUUUGUGGAACUUUGUCUUACGGUACCGGUGCGACUGUCUUCCCUGUUGCCAUAUCUACCAAUGCUUAUGGAUCCAUUAGUAUCUGCGCUGAACGGAUCUCAUACGCUCGUUAGCCAGGGACUUCGAACGCUGGAACUCUGCGUUGACAAUUUGCAACCGGAUUUUCUCUACGAUCAUAUCCAACCUGUUCGAGCUGAUCUAAUGCAAGCAUUAUGGCGUACGCUUCGCAAUCAAGACAGUGCUGCUGUAGUUGCGUUUAGGGUGCUUGGUAAAUUUGGAGGAGGCAACCGAAAGAUGAUGAUCGAGCCGCAACAAUUGAUGUACCAAGAGAGUGAAACAAUUCAACCCGCUGUUGUCGCGCAUUUCCAAGAUCAUCGUAAACCGAUUGAUUUUCCCGUAGACAAAGUCAUCGAAACAGCUUUUAUUGCACUGAAGACUAGCACUACGGAUCCUUUCUAUUGGCGUCAAAGUUGGGAAGUAAUUCGGUGCUAUUUGGCUGCAUCCAUAUGUUUGGACGACGAUAAACAUACACUGCAAAAGCUUUUCAUGCAUCCAAGUUUCACUGAAAAUAAUGUGAUAUCUACCGUUUCGCACUAUUUGUUACAGGACAAACAAGUUCGUCAAACGCAUCUUACUGCGUUAACGGGAAUGUUUGUGGCUGCUGCCACUAAAGAACUUCGGGUAUCAGUGCUUCCAACCAUGGUGGCCGUCGUUCGGCAUUAUACAAUGGUGGCCAUUGCCCAACAAGCUGGUCCGUUCCCACAUAAGCAUUAUCAGAUGAACACUGGGUUAGAUCCAUUGGUGUUGAUUGAUGCACUGGCAGCAAUUAUGGGACACGAGGAGAAAGAACUUUGUAAGCCAGGAAAUUUGGCUAUGGCGUUGAUACUAGAAACCGCAACUAACAUCAUGGGAUCCAAAGAAAGAGCUUGUAGAUUACCGAUAAUGCAAUAUUUAGCAGAAAAAAUGGCAGCACUUUGUUACGAACGUCCUUGGUAUUCAAAAAUGGGUGGUUGUAUCGCUCUUAAAUUUCUUUAUCAAAACAUGGCUAUGCGUUGGUUGUAUCAACAUCUUUUUACGUUUCUCAAAGCUUUCAUGUUUAUCAUUAUGGAUCUAACCGGCGAAGUUUCUAGCGGCGCUAUUGAUGACGCUAAAAACUAUCUAGAAAAAAUGUUGAAAAUAUGCAUGACCCCUUUGGAUCGAGAUUGCAAGAAUGAAGAACUUAUCUCAACACAGAAAAAAGCAAUGUACGAUGUAAUUCAUGAACUAGUGCGUCAGGUGACCAGUCCACAUACACUGGUCCGAGAAACUGCUAUGGCAUCGUUGAAACUGAUAGCCGAGCUACAAGGUAAAACGGUAACUGAAGUUAUGAACCCCCAUCGAGAGGUGCUAGUAGAUAUGAUUCCUCCAAAAAAACACCUUCUACGGCAUCAGCCGGCUAGUGCGCAAAUUGGUUUAAUGGACGGAAAUACUUUUUGCACAACCCUGGAACCACGUCUUUUCACGAUUGAUCUAAACAUUCUGACUCAUAAGGUCUUCUACCAUGAAGUUCUUACCCUUUCCGAUGCAGAAGAUACCACCCUCAACAAACUAGAUUGUUACAAAACUGUAACCAACUUAAUACCACUGCGAAAAAGUGCUCUGCGUGCGCUUGCUGCUUGCCAUUACAUACCCAACGGUUGCCGGGAGAAAAUAUUUUCUAUUCUGUUUAAAGCACUCGAGAAAAACAACGUUGAGUUACAAGAAGCGGCAUUUGAAUGUAUGCAGAACUUUUUGCAAGGUUGUACAGUUGACAAAGAAGCGAUACACGCUGGCAUCCGGCCACUGUUGAUGCAAUUGGGUGAUCAUCGCAAUCUUACGCUAAAUGGAGCCAAACGGUUGUCUUACUUGACCCAACUAUUCCCAUCAAUGUUUAACGAAAAGUUAUGCGACUCAUUACUUCAGAUAGUUAAGAAACUGUUGGAAACUUCAAUUUCUUCCAACAAAGGGUCUAAUUUCUUAGCGGCACUGAAAACAGGGGAAACCGAACAGAAGAUAGUGACGAUAAUUGGUAUUUUCCAUCAAAUUCCUGCAGCGUCUUCCAAAUUCAUCGAGAGCUUAUGCAAGCUGAUAUUACAAACCGAAAAAAGUCUAAUGAUCGAACCUUGUUCUCCAUAUCGUCCACCGUUGGUUAAAUUCCUGUUGAAAUUUCCUAAAGAAACGAUUGAACUAUUACUGAGUGAUGUAAGCAUACGAGAUGCACAAUGGAAUCGAUUCUUGAUAUUCUUGCUCAAACACAAAGAAGGUCAAGCAUUCCGGAAUGCUAUUCAAGAAAAGAGCGCACGCCUAGUUCAGUUGAUUUUGAUCAGCUCCGAAGGAAGCCUUGUUGUUGCCCAGGGAAAACCAUAUGAAGAUCGUUAUGAAGCACAACGUCAAGCUAUUUUGAUUAUUCAUACGCUUAUAGAGUUUGACAGUCCAUGGAUCUCAACACAAACGGAUAUUAUUGUCGCACUGAAGACAAUUUGGAAAAAUGAUUUGUACAAGUCAUGUCAAACGUCCGUCGUUUGCGAUAUGUGGCAUUUGGUCGCAAAAAUAUUGAUGGAGUACUUUUCGCACAACACACUUGAAAUACCUCUCCUCUUCCAGUUAUUAAGAGCACUUUGCUUAAGAUUUAUUCCCGAUUUCCAAUUUUUCCGAGAUUUCCUUCAAGGCACAGUUUGUCAGAGCUACACAGUAGAUUGGAAGCGAAAAGCUUUCUUUCACUUUGUUGAAUGUUUUUCAAACCAGGAAAUAUCACAAGAUCUGAAAGCCAAAAUUCUCACUAUGGUCAUCAUACCAAGUUUCGCUGUUAGUUUUGAAAAAGGUGAAGGAAACAAACUUGUCGGAGCUCCACCUGCGCCUUAUCAGGAAGACGACAACAAUGUAGUGUCGGUGUUUAUCAACAAAGUAAUUGAUCCUGAGAAACCAUUUGCCAAUGAAGACUCUGUUAGAAUUGCUCUGUUACAAUUUGCCUGUUUGUUAGUGGAACGCGCAUCACCGCACAUCCACGAUGGCGAUGCCAACAAUAAAAGAGAAGGAAACAAACUGCGCCGCCUAAUGACAUUUGCCUGGCCGUGUCUUUUGCCUAAAAACUGUGUUGAUCCUGCCGCACGCUAUCAUGGUCAUCUCCUGCUCAGUCACAUUAUCGCCCGGUUGGCCAUUCACAAACGCAUUGUUUUGCAAGUGUUUCAUUCGUUAUUGAAAGCCCAUGCGGUUGAAGCUAGAGCGGUUGUCAAACAAGCUCUGGAAGUCUUGACACCGGCCAUGCCACUGCGAAUGGAAGACGGUAAUACAAUGUUGACUCACUGGACUAAAAAAAUCCUUGUAGAAGAAGGACAUUCGAUGCAGCAAUUAUUCCACAUUUUGCAAUUGCUGGUUCGUCACUUUAAAGUGUACUAUCCAGUACGGCAUCAUUUGGUGCAACAAAUAAUAAACUCAAUGCAGCGUUUAGGAUUUACUGUGAACGCAACUAUUGAUUACCGUAAAUUAUCAAUCGAAUUAGCUGAGGUUAUAAUUAAGUGGGAGCUACAGCGUAUAAAAGAAGAAACAGAUGGUACGGUUGAAGAUGAAGAAUCUAAAGUGCAAACUGAAAACAAACAACAGCCAAGUGGAGCAAUUAAGCGAACCGUCCAGGAAGAUGAAUCCCGCAAGAAGUUAGCUACAGGUGAUACAAAUCCGCAGCCAUCGCCGAAUACAUCAACUGCAUCUGCUGCAAGCACAGUAACCAACAAAGUUGAAGGCUCUGGUCGCCCGAUCGAUAGAACUCAUUGCGACGCUGUAUUAAAUUUCUUGUUCCGUAUGGCAUGUCAAUUGAAUGAUGUUUCCACGACUCCAGGAACUAUAUCACCCGGUGAAAGUCUGUCAAGACGCUGCGUAACGCUAUUAAAAUUGGCCAUCAAACCCGAUGUCUGGCAGCAACCGUUUGAUUUGAAACUAACGUGGUUAGAUAAAGUGUUCACUAGUAUCGAAGGACAGCAACCCAAUAUUGGAAAUAUUUGUACUGCACUUGAACUGCUCACAUUUUUACUAACUGUAUUGAAAAAGGAACAAAUUUUGGCUACAUUCCGGCCUCUUCAGCGUGGGUUGUCAGCUUGUGUAACAUGUACUAACACCCGAGUCAUAAAAUUGAUGCACGGGCUUUUGACUCGCCUGAUGUCUAUAUUUCCCACAGAUUCUCAUCACAAACAUGAUGAAUUGGAAACUUUGUAUGCUACUAUUAGCAAAAUGAUUUUUGAAGGUUUAGCCACUUAUGAAAAGAAUCCGCAAGCUAAUCCUUCAACUCUAUUCGGCACACUUAUGACCCUCAAGGCAGCUUGCACAAAUAAUCAAAGUUAUAUCGACCGAUUGAUUAUUCCUUUUAUGCGUUUGCUGAAUAGACUCACUAAAGAACAUUUGGGUGGAGUUGCAGGUGCUCAAAACGGUAACGCCGAAGCUUCUAAUAACGCUGGUUCUAUCGCACUGGAACUGCUGGUUGUGUCGUUGGAUUUAGUGAAGAAUCGUGUCGUUGUAAUGAGUGUGGAAAUGAGGAAAAUGUUUAUAGGAGGUAUUCUAGUAGGACUGAUAGAGAAAAGCAACGACGUAAAGGUUAUAAAGGCCAUCGUUAAAAUGAUUGAAGAAUGGAUGAAAAACAAAAACACCCCUGUGACGGUUUCUCAAGCGCCAACACUCAGAGAAAAAUCAAUUUUGUUGGUCAAACUGAUGCAAUAUGUCGAAAAACGGUUUGCUGACGACCAAGAACUGAACGGUCAAUUCUUAGAACUUGUUAACUACAUUUACCGUGACGAACAACUGAAGGUAACGGAACUUACUUCGAAACUCGAGGCAGCAUUUUUAGCUGGUUUACGUUGCAAUCAACCCAAAAUACGAGCAAAGUUCUUUGAAGUUUUCGACGGAUCUAUGCGGCGUCGUCUUCACGAUCGUUUGCUCUAUAUUAUAUGCUCUCAUGCGUGGGAUUCCAUAGGGCAACACUAUUGGAUAAAGCAGUGCAUUGAACUGUUAAUUUUGACGGCCAACACCACUACACAAAUUCAGAACAGCAAUGAGAAUCAUCUUUUGCCCAGUAUUUCUUCGGUUAUAAAUUUGGCUGAAUCUGAUGAAAAGAAAAAUUUCGUUAUUUACACUUCACUGCAGAACGACCCGACGGAAACCUUUGAUCCAAUUGAGGACAAAGAGGAUGCCUUUGAUAUGGAUAUGAGUGUCGACUCAAAUAUUUCAAGACAUGAAGAAAGCGAAAGACCAGUGGUAAAUCGCCAAGCUGCCGUGAUAAAAUUAAUAAGUCGACAGGCAGAAUUUCUCGAUGCAAGUCGAAAAGUUCGUACUGAGCAGUUGCUGGUCGCAACGGCUCAACUAUGUCACAUGGACACGCAUCUAGCUGAGAGAGUUUGGUUGGAUGUUUUCCCUAGGCUAUGGUCAAUUCUGGAUCAAGGCCAACAGCAAUCGUUGGAUCGUGAAAUAGUUCCAUUCCUUUCUUCGGGAACCCACAUCAUUCAGAAAGAUUGUCAUCCUAGUGCUCUUCACACUUUCGUUGAGGCAUUGUCCCAUUGUAGCCCUCCCGUUUAUCUCCCACCCAGUUUGAUGGCGUAUUUAGGCAAGGCUCAUAAUCUCUGGCAUCGCAUGACGCUGAUGCUCGAAGAUAUGGCAUUAGAUUGGCCGAACCGAAAAGAAACGUCAUUUUCCGAAUUUGUGGAAUUCGAUGAAGAAGGAAAUCGAGAUUGUUCCUACGUUUUGGAUCCUCUUUCUCAGAUGUACUCAUCGCUGCACGAAGAAGAUUUGUGGGCCGGACUUUGGUUAAAGUAUGCCAAGUAUCCGGAAACCAAUUUGGCUAUAGCACAUGAACAGAUUGGAUUUUUUGAGGAAGCCCAGAGUAUUUAUGAUUCUGCAAUGACGAGAUUUAAACAAGAUGUUAAUAAUGGAACCACACCUUCCGAUAUGAAUAGUGAACUACUGUUGUGGGAAAAUCAUUGGAUUCGUUGUGCGAAAGAAUUGAACCAAUGGGAUAUUCUUAUGGAUUACGGACAAUUGAGUAAAGACAAAAACUCUUUUCUGAUUAUGGACAGUGCUUGGAGAGUACCGGAUUGGACACUUAUGAAACAAGCACUUCUCAAAGUGGAGCAAUCUUGCCCCAAACAAGUUGGGUACAAAGUCAAUCUAUAUCGAGGAUAUUUGACUAUUCUGAAUCAGGAAGAGCAGCAUCCAUCGUCCGUUGAGCGUUACGUUGAAAUGGCCUCUGCUUAUUGUAUGCGUGAGUGGCGUCGUUUACCGCCAAUUGUAUCUCACAUACACCUGCCCAUAUUACAGGCAUCUCAGCAGAUUAUGGAACUCCAGGAAGCAAGUCAAAUCCAUCAAGGGUUGUUGCAAAAUCGAAGUUCGUCACUACACGAUAUGAAAGCUAUCGUCAAAACUUGGCGAAAUCGUCUCCCGGUUAUAGCCGAUGAUUUGUCGCAUUGGAGCGAUAUUUUCACUUGGCGUCAGCAUCAUUAUCAAAUUAUAACAUCCCAUCUUGAGCAACAAGGAGACAACAAUGGACCGUGUAUGUUAGGUGCUCACGCUUCGGCGCAAACGAUUAUCCAUUUUGGUAAAAUUGCACGCAAACAAAAUUUGACUGGAGUUUGUCAAGACUCUUUAUAUCGUAUCUACACGAUUCCAUCAGUGCCGGUCGUAGAUUGUUUCCAAAAAAUCCGGCAACAGGUGAAAUGCUGUCUGCAAAUGGCUGCAGUCAAUAGUCGGUCUGAGCUUUCGGAGGCCUUAGAAGUGAUCGAGCCAACAAAUUUGGAUUACUUUUCGAAGGAAAUGACUGCAGAAUUCUACGCACUUAAAGGUCUCUUACUGGCUCAAACCGGUCGCUCGGAAGAAGCAAAUAAAGCAUUCAGUGCAGCUACCCAACUACAUGACACUUUAAUAAAGGCUUGGGCAUUGUGGGGUGAUUAUUUAGAACACAUAUUUACACGAGACCCUAGACAAAUAAACAUUGGCGUAUCGGCUAUGACUUGUUUCCUACAUGCCUGUCGUAACCAAAACGAAAGCAAAUCUAGAAAGUAUCUCGCAAAAGUUUUAUGGUUGCUGUCUUACGACGAGGAUAAAUCUCUUCUUGAAGCACUGGAUAAAUAUGCCGUCGGUGUUCCUCCUUUACAAUGGGUUCCAUGGAUUCCACAGUUAUUGUGCUGCUUAGUUCAAUAUGAAGGUACAGUUAUUUUAAACCUCCUCAGUCAAGUUGGUCGAAUGUUUCCACAGGCUGUUUAUUUCCCGAUUCGAACGCUUUAUCUGACAUUGAAAAUUGAACAAAGAGAAAGAUACAAAAGCGUAGAACAAGCAUCGGCUGCUGCUCAAAAAAUGGCAAUUAAAACAGAACCUGGUACAUCAACUGCUGCUCCUGUUGUUGGUUCUGGUCAAGUAGUUACUAUAUCUACACAACCUGGAGGUUCAGGCAGCCAACAAGUUUCAGUAGGAGCGCCUGGCUCGAACCCGGGACCGAGUGUUACUGAUCAAAAUCAGCCGAAUCCAUCUGCUGGUGCAAAUGUAACAGGUGGAAUGCAAUCAACGACAACUCCCAUUCGCGCCACACCACCCAUGUGGCGAUGUUCGAAAAUCAUGCAUCUACAGCGAGAUAUUCACCCCACUGUUCUCAGUUCGCUUGAAGGUAUUGUAGACCAGAUGGUUUGGUUCCGAGAGAACUGGUACGAAGAAGUGUUGCGACAACUUCGACAAGGUCUAACCAAAUGCUAUGCUAUUGCAUUUGAAAAUCGCUGCUCAGUAAAUGCAGCUAUUAUCACUCAGCAUACAUUGAAUUUUGUAAAGAAAUUGGUUUCUACUUUUGGUAUUGGAAUAGAAAAUAUAUCCAGCUCAGUGUCAUCAAACUUUUCAUCGGCGGCAUCCGAAUCGCUAGCAAGGCGAGCUCAAGCUACUGUUCAGGAUCCAGUUUUUCAAAAAAUGAAAGGUCAAUUCACUAGCGAUUUCGAUUUUUCGCAACCAGGUGCAACAAAACUACAUAAUUUGAUCAAUAAACUCAAGAUAUGGAUCAAAAUAUUGGAAAAUAAAACCAAACAAUUGCCGAAGUCUUUCCUAAUUGAAGAGAAAUGUCGCUUUCUGUCUAAUUUUAGUCAGAAAACUGCAGAAGUAGAGCUGCCAGGUGAGCUUUUACUACCCAAGCAUUCGCAUUAUCACAUUCGUAUCGCCCGAUUUAUGCCGCGAGUAGAUAUCGUCCAGAAGCAUAACACAGCAGCUCGCAGGCUCUAUAUAAGAGGAACCAAUGGAAAAAUCUAUCCCUAUUUAGUGGUGAAUGACACCGGUCUAGGCGACGCACGACGCGAAGAACGAGUUCUUCAGUUGCUUAGAAUGCUUAACAAUUAUCUUGCUAAGCAAAAGGAAACAUCAAAGCGGUUCCUCCAUAUUACAGUACCACGCGUCGUGGCCGUUUCCCCUCAAAUGCGACUCGUAGAGGACAAUCCAUCAAGUGUUUCGUUGCUCGACAUUUACAAAAGCGGCUGUUCCAAAAUGAACAUUGAGCAUGAUGCACCAAUUGCUAGAUACUACGAUCGUUUGGCCAAGGUUCAAGCCCGUGGUUCACAAACGAACCAUACUGUUUUGAGAGAUAUACUGCGAGAAGUGCAAAACACUAUGAUUCCCAAAACAUUACUUAAGGAUUGGGCGGUAAAAAAUUUCCGCUCAGCCACCGACUAUUGGCAGUUUAGAAAAAUGUUUACUCUUCAAUUAUCGCUAUCCUGUUUGAUAGAAUAUGCAUUAUACCUAACCAGAUUAAAUGCUGAUAUGAUGUAUCUUCAUCAAGAUUCCGGUCUGAUGAAUAUAUCAUAUUUCAAAUUUGACGUCGACGAUACAACGGGUCUACUGGAUGUGAGUAGGCCCAUUCCUUUCCGCCUCACUCCGAAUAUUGUCGAGUUCAUAUCCACCAUAGGAGUAACAGGGCCGUUGACGGCAUCAACAAUUGCCACCGCUCGGUGCCUGGUGCAACCGAACUAUAAAUUACCAACCAUUCUACGUGCUAUUCUCCGAGAUGAAAUCAUAGCCGUUCAGAAAAAACGAAUUCUGGAUGAAAAAUUGAUUGAUCAAAAUACAGAUCUUUCCCAGGAAAAUACGGCUAUUGAAAUCGACAACGAAACAGUUAUUAGCAGCGUAAAUAAAGCCGUUAGUAAUAUCAUGACCAGACUCAACAGUUUGGCCCGGUUCGAUAAUACGGAAGUUAAUCGUAUGAGCACAUUGGUGCAGGUGGCAAGUAACUCGGACAAUCUAUGCCGUAUGGACCCAACUUGGCAUCCAUGGCUUUAAGCGGAAAAUAUUCAUGCAUGUAUAUUAGAUAAGUAAGCUCAUGGUAUGAUAACAAAUUUGAAAUAUAAUAAACUCAAUAGAUUACGAAA